AGCCAGUAUUGUUUGAUUGGUUCUGAGUGUAUAUUUCAUAGGGAGAAGCAUGGAUUCAGUUGGUAUUUUUUUAUUGGUUCUGAGUGUAUAUUUCACAGGUACCCAGGGAGAAGCGUGGAUUCAGCUUGAGAAGAGAAAACACCAGGAAGAGUUGGAUGCUGUAACAGCUCAACUUGUUCACACAGAAGAGUUACUGGCUCAUUACAAGGAAGAAUCUAUAAAACUGAAUUUCGAAUUAAGUCAGUUGAAGCUUCAGAUGGAAAGAUUGCCCGUCUUAGAAGGACAGGUGGAACUGUUUCGACAAGAGUGUAAUCAAGAAAAAGAAUCCCAUAGGUCAACACAAGAGGAGUUAAAGCAGUUGAAAGAAGAGUACCAACAACUACAAAAUCAGAAUCAAGAGCUGAUGGAUGAAAUUAAUGUAUAUGCUCAUUCUCAAGUACUACAACUUCAGAAAGAGCUGCUUCCACCUGAAAAUUGGGAUAUCCAUCACUCCCAAGCAUUAACUACUGAUCCCGACAGAGCAAAGGAAAGAGAGACUUUAGCAAAUCUAGAAACAGAAUUUGACACUAGCGAUCCCAUAGAUCCCACAGAUGUG